GCCACGUGAGCCAAACAGCGGCCGCGCGACAGACCCGCCGCUUCCGGUGCGCUUUUGCUGCUGCCGCCGCCGCUGGUGCUGCCGCCUGGGAAGAGAGAGCGAGAGCGCCGGUCCCUCGGAGCGCAGAGUUUGCUGGCAGUGGUGGUGGCAGCCCAGCCCAGCAGAAUGGAGGCUACAGCUCUGGAGAGCCUCAUUGAGAUGGGCUUCCCCCAGAACAGAGCAGAGAAGGCCCUAGCGCUAACAGGGAACCAGGGCAUUGAAUCAGCAAUGGAUUGGCUCAUGGAGCACGAAAACGAUCCUGACCUGGACGAGCCAUACGUGCCCCCGCAAGGCCACGUUCUGAGCACAGAGGAGCCACCCGAGGGAAGGACGCCAGAGUCAGUGCAAAGUGGAUCAGAUCCCACGUUAGAGGAGCUGACGGAGGAAGAUAACCGACGCCCCCUGAGCGAAGAAGAGAAGCGGGAGCAGACAAAGAGGAUGAUGGAGCUGAUCACUCAGAAGCAGCGGGAGCGGGAGGAGCGAGAGAAGCGGGAGAGCAUUGAGCGGGAGAAGCAGCGCCGGAAGCAAGGCCAGGAGCUCUCCCUCAUCCGCCAGAAACUGCAGGAGGACGAGAUGAAGAAGCUGGCUGAGGAGAGGCGCAAGGAGAAGCUGGAGGAGAAGUUGGCCAAGCAGCGGGUGCGAGAGAAGAUAGAGCGAGACAAGGCUGAGAGAGCCAAGAAGUUUGGCGGCGGCUGCAGCAGCUCUUCGCAAGGCUCCACCCUGCCUGAGCAAUCGGCACCCACACCGGUUCCCUCGUCACCCAGCCAGGAACCCCCUGUCAAGCGAGAGUAUGAUCAAUGCAGGAUACAGGUGAGACUGCUGGACGGCACGUCGCUCACCCAGACGUUUCGAGCCAAAGAGCAGCUGGCCGCCGUCCGGCUCUACGUGGAGCUGAACCGCAAGGACAAUGGUGACGAGCCUUUCCACCUCCUCACCAGCUUCCCGCGGCGUGUCUUCACUGAGGAAGACAUGGAGAAGCCACUGCAGGAGCUGGGUUUGGUGCCUUCUGCUGUGUUGAUCGUAGCGAAGAAAGGCAACAGCUGAAGUGGCUCUCCUCCUCGCUCUCUCAGCCCCCGCCUUCCCUCGCUGCCGGAGGUGACUCUCACCUGACCCAUGUGCUCUGUCUCGGGGGGGGGGGGGAGUGCACAUCCCAGCCCCUCCUGGUUUUCCUAACCAACUCUGCCCACAGAGACUCCAAAGCACCACCAUGUUUUGGGGCUGGGAUUCCGAAUCAAUGACGGGGUUGGAUGAAAUGGAGAAAAGUGUUGGGCUUCCCCUCCUGUCGGGGAGGGAGGGGCAAGGUUGCAACUUGACUUCCUCUCUUCAUGCCACACACACACACCAUGAAUAAAACCUAUUCUCUUCUUUC